AUGGCAGCCGUCACACAAGCCGUCCAGGGAAUUUCUGUAAAUGGGCUCAAUGACGACAUUCAGAUCUUCCUGGACGACGCGGUUCUGCUUGCAAACGUUCAGGGACGGGCUGACGCAGCGACCAGCUUUCUGCGUGCGGCGCGCUCAGGGAACCUGGACAAGGCCCUGGACCACAUCAAGAAUGGAAUCGACAUUAAUACAUCAAACCAAAACGGUCUCAACGGGUUACAUCUGGCGUCUAAAGAAGGCCACGUCAAAAUGGUCUUGGAGCUCCUACAUGCGGGCAUUGUCUUGGAGACCACCACCAAGAAAGGGAACACUGCUCUUCAUAUCGCUGCGUUGGCAGGGCAGGAGAGAGUGGUGGCAGAGCUUGUCCACUAUGGUGCCAACGUCAACGCCCAGUCACAGAAAGGCUUCAGUCCUCUCUACAUGGCAGCACAGGAAAAUCACUUAGAGGUGGUCAAGUUCCUGCUAGAAAAUGGCGCAAACCAGAGUCUCCCAACAGAGGACGGCUUCACUCCCUUGGCGGUGGCCCUCCAGCAGGGCCACGAAAACGUUGUGGCGCUGCUCAUCAACUACGGCACCAAGGGCAAGGUCCGCCUCCCCGCCCUGCACAUCGCCGCACGCAACGAUGACACGCGCACCGCCGCGGUGCUGCUGCAGAAUGACCCCAACCCCGAUGUUCUCAGCAAGACUGGCUUCACUCCUCUCCACAUCGCAGCCCACUAUGAGAACCUCAGCGUAGCCCAGCUGCUUCUCAACAGAGGAGCAAACGUUAACUUCACUCCCAAGAACGGUAUCACCCCCCUUCAUAUAGCCUCCAGGAGGGGCAACGUGAUCAUGGUGAGACUACUGCUGGACAGAGGGGCACAAAUCGACGCCAAGACCAAGGAUGAGCUGACGCCUCUUCACUGUGCAGCCAGGAAUGGGCAUGUCCGUGUCAUUGAGAUCCUGCUGGACCAGGGCGCUCCCAUCCAAGCUAAAACCAAGAAUGGUUUGUCCCCCAUUCACAUGGCAGCCCAGGGGGACCACAUGGACUGCGUCAGGCAGCUUCUCCAGUACAACGCCGAGAUCGAUGACAUCACGCUGGAUCACCUGACUCCUCUGCAUGUAGCGGCACACUGCGGUCACCACCGUAUGGCCAAAGUCCUGUUGGAUAAAGGGGCCAAAGCCAAUGCACGGGCACUGAAUGGCUUCACCCCUCUCCAUAUCGCCUGUAAGAAGAACCACAUGCGCUCCAUGGAUCUGCUGCUAAAGCACUCCGCCUCCCUGGAAGCUGUGACAGAGUCUGGUCUCACGCCUCUUCAUGUAGCAGCGUUCAUGGGCCACCUGAGCAUAGUGAAGAACUUGCUCCAGAGAGGAGCUUCUCCCAAUGCUUCCAAUGUGAAAGUGGAGACCCCCCUUCACAUGGCGUCCAGGGCAGGACACUGUGAGGUUGCUCAGUUUCUGCUGCAGAACACAGCCUUGGUGGAUGCAAAGGCCAAGGAUGACCAGACACCCUUGCACUGCGCGGCCCGCAUGGGCCACAAAGAGCUUGUGAAGCUCCUCCUGGAGCAUAAGGCCAACCCAGACUCAGCCACUACUGCUGGACACACACCUUUACACAUUGCUGCUCGUGAGGGACACACGCACACCAUCCGAAUCUUACUGGACGGAGCAGCACAGCAAACCAAAAUGACCAAGAAAGGCUUCACUCCCCUCCAUGUUGCCUCCAAAUAUGGAAAAGUGGACGUAGCUGAACUGUUGCUGGAGAGAGGAGCCAAUCCCAACGCUGCUGGGAAAAAUGGUCUUACACCUCUUCACGUGGCUGUCCAUCACAACAACCUGGAUGUUGUUAAACUCCUGGUCAGCAAGGGAGGCUCUGCACACAGCACCGCCCGAAAUGGCUACACCCCCCUGCACAUAGCAGCCAAGCAGAACCAGAUGGAGGUAGCCAGUUGUCUGCUGCAAAAUGGGGCCUCUGCCAAUGCCGAGUCCCUUCAGGGCAUCACACCCCUGCACCUGGCCUCCCAGGAGGGACGACCUGACAUGGUGGCCCUUCUCAUCUCCAAGCAGGCCAAUGUUAACCUCGGGAACAAGAAUGGACUGACUCCUUUACAUCUGGUAGCUCAAGAGGGUCAUGUCGGCAUCGCAGACACCUUGGUCAAACAGGGGGCUUCUGUUUAUGCUGCUUCACGGAUGGGGUACACACCCCUUCAUGUAGCCUGUCACUAUGGCAACAUCAAGAUGGUGAAGUUUCUUCUGCAGCAGCAGGCUCAUGUGAACAGCAAGACGAGGGUGGGAUACACCCCUCUCCAUCAGGCAGCUCAACAGGGCCACACAGACAUCGUCACCCUGUUACUGAAACACGGAGCACAACCCAAUGAGAUAACCUCGAAUGGAACAUCUCCUCUAGGCAUCGCUAAGCGACUGGGAUACAUCUCUGUCAUAGAUGUGCUGAAACUGGUCACUGAGGAGUCUGUUUCCGCGAUCACUACGGAGAAGCAUCGCAUGAGUUUUCCCGAGACAGUAGAUGAAAUACUGGAUGUUUCAGAGGAUGAAGGGGUUGCCCAGCUAACGUUAGGGGAUGAGCUGUUAGGGAUGGAUGGAGCUCGCUAUUUGAAGCUCGACGACUUCAAGGACCAGGAUGAUGACUUCCUCUCCCCCAAGAAGACCCUGCGAGACUUUGAGAGCGGCCUGGGUACCACGCCCUACUCUCCUGCCAUUCCCCGGAUCCCCUGUGUGUCUCCAGAAACAGUACUACUGGAUCAGCACACCCCAGUGCCGCUGCCAAAGGAGUAUGACGAGGACUCGCUCAUUCCCAGCAGUCCGGCUACAGAGACUUCGGACAACGUCAGCCCAGUGGCCAGCCCUAUUCACACCGGCUUCCUGGUGAGUUUCAUGGUGGACGCUCGCGGCGGCUCCAUGCGAGGCAGCCGACACCACGGCCUGCGCGUGAUCAUCCCUCCCCGUACCUGUGCAGCCCCAACGCGGAUUACCUGCCGUCUGGUCAAGCCUCAGAAACUGACCACCCCUCCGCCUCUAGUGGAGGGAGAGGGGCUCGCCAGCCGCAUCAUCUCCCUGGGGCCCUCCAGCAUGCAGUUUCUGGGGCCUGUGAUUGUGGAAAUUCCCCAUUUUGCUGCCUUGGGUCGUGGGGACAGAGAGCUGGUGGUCCUCCGCAGCGAGAACGGCUCUGUUUGGAAGGAGCAUCGCAACCGUUACGGUGACGAAGUGCUGGAAACAAUUUUGAAUGGCAUGGACGAAGACCUGGAGAGUCAGGAGGAGCUAGAGAAGAAGAGAAUCCGGCGCAUCAUCUCCACUGACUUCCCCCUUUACUUUGCCGUUGUGUCGCGUGUUCAGCAGGAGAGUGAUCUGAUUGGUCCGGAGGGUGGCCACCUGACCAGUAAGCUAGUGCCCCAUGUGGAGGCCAUCUUCCCUGAGACGGCUGUCACCAAGAGAGUACGGUUGGGACUGCAGGCCCAACCGAUCCCCGAUGAAUGGCUGACUCGGCAACUUGGUAACCAGGCGACCUUCAGCCCAGUUGUUACCGUGGAGCCACGGCGCCGCAAAUUCCACCGUCCAAUCGGAUUGCGCAUCCCAUUGCCUCCCUCCUGGAAGGAGAGCCCACGCGAUGCUGGGGAGGGCGACACCACUAGCUUGCGACUCCUUUGCAGUGUCAUAGGUGGGACAGCGCCAGCUCAGUGGGAGGAUAUCACUGGCACCACUAAAUUAAUGUAUGCCAACAACUGUGCCAAUUUCACCACAAAUGUUUCUGCAAGAUUCUGGCUAGCUGACUGCCCACGCACAGCAGAGGCAGUAACGUUUGCCAACCUGUUGUACCGUGAGCUGAUGGCGGUUCCAUACAUGGCCAAAUUUGUGGUGUUUGCCAAGAUGAAUGAAGCACGCGAGGGACGCCUGCGCUGCUACUGCAUGACUGAUGACAAGAUGGACAAAACCCUGGAGUUGCAUGAAAACUUCUCUGAGGUGGCCCGCAGCCGGGACAUAGAGGUGAUGGAGGGCAUGCCUUUACAUCUGGAGUGCUCUGGGAACCUGGUGCCAGUCAGGAAGGCAACACAGCAGCCUCGUAGCUUCAGUUUCCAGGCCUUCAGAGAUAACAGACUUCCUGUCUCUGUCAAGGUCAGAGAUAGUAACAAGGAUGCCACAGGGUUUUUGUCCUUCCUGCGCAAGUCGACCAAGUACGAGGACACACAGCAUGUUCUGUGUAACCUCAAUAUCACCAUGCCGCCCUGUGUCAAGGUUGUCGGGAGUGAAGAGCGCAGGCGGACCUUAACCCCUCUCGCCCUGAGGGAACGCUACAGUGCGCUGAAUGAGCCAGUUGUGGCCACAGUGAAUGCCAUGGAGCGGGCAGAGCUCAAGAUCAACAUCAUAUCCGAGCAGCUGGGUCUGAGCUGGGCAGAGUUGGCAAGGGAGCUUCAGUUUGGUGUGGAUGACAUUAAUCGGAUCCGUGUCGAGAACCCAAACUCCCUGCUGGACCAGAGCUCUGCGCUGCUCAACCUUUGGGCCAGCAGAGAGGGCAAGAGAGCCAAAAUGGAGAGCCUGUAUGGGGCUCUGAGGAACAUCGAUCGUGCAGACAUCGUCACCUCCUUAGAAGGCCAGGCUCCACAACAUCCACACGGGUCCUCAGAGGAGGGGGCCUGUCGUAUCGGUGAUCGUGACUCCACCCUCCUGUCUCCGAGCAUCAUCAAUGGUUAUGGGCUGGUUCAAGAGGAGCUGUUGUCCCCGGCCUCCAUGCAGUACAGCCUGCCCUCUCCGCUGGGCGCCGAGCCCUACUGGCAGGAGGUUUCCAGUCUGGAGUGUGCCCCCAUCGCCACCACUGAGGAAGACACGCUGAUGGAGAUGUCCGACGUGCAAGUGUGGCCGGCGGGGGUCAGCCCCUCGCUGGUGACGGUGGAGGACUCGUCUCUGGAGGGGAGCAGUAGGGCUGACGACUCGGAGGGCACCACGCUCUCCCUACCCUGCAGUCUGGGUCGCCCCAGCAGUGGUGCCAGCGGAGCUAGUGGCUCCAUUAUGGAGCUGGAGGAGGAGGAGGAGGAAGAGGAGGUGGAAGGGGAGGUGGAGGAGGAGGAGGUGCUGCCGGAGCCAACCACUGUGCUCUCAGAAAGGGACAGGGUGAGGGCUAGUGGUGCCGUUCCAAAGGUCAACCUAAACGGCCAGCUAGGAGGUCAGAGGUCGGACAGGAGGAGGGGGGAGGCCGUGACAACAGGUGGAGGAGGAGGAGGAGGAGGAGGAGCAAAGGGAGGAGGAGGAGGAGGUGUACGGCUGGGUUCAGUGGAAGGGCUUUCUGUUUCUACAGGCCAGCAGGUUUACGCCCAGCUGUGUGAGAUGUCAGGACUCAGUCGGGCCGCAGAGCACAAUGGAGACAACAGAGUUGUUGGCGGUGGAGCUUUCCAACCCUACUUGCCGGACAAGGACUCGCUGCAGGGCUGGGUGGGCUCACAGGCCAGGGGGUCAUCCGGACGGGACGGCAGUGUGCCAGGCUUACGCGUGGCCCAGGAGGCCCUGCUGACUCCGGUGUGUGACACGGGUUACUCUCAUGUGCUGCGUGGGCGCCUCCUGCAGGGCACACAGCCCUUUGACAAGGGGCUAGGCUUCUCUCACCAGGAGGCGGGGCUACGUGCUUGGGAGCAGGAGCAGAAGCGGGGCCAGAGAGAGGAGAAGGAGGACUAUGCUGCUGAGGAGCAGUUUGUCGAUGAACACGGCAACAUCCUCACUAGGAAGGUGGGGGUGGAUGUAAGAAAGGGCACUCAGUCAGUGAAGCGCACCAGUCUGCGGAGACUAAAACACUGA